AUCACAAACAACUUAGAACGCAAUAAGAUUUCAAUUGGAGGAUACCCCAGCAGUUGUUUUUAACAUUCGGUCGAAGAAGGAUAAUGUGGCUGCAGAGGUAAAACAUAAACUGAAUAUUAAUCGAAUUACGUUUUUGCUGCAAUGGCAGAUUUAAAAAGCGUUAGCAUUCAAGUAACACCUGGGAAUGAUAAUGAUCAUGAAUUCCAGAAGUUUCAUAACAAUACCAAGAAUAAAAGGAGUAAAAGAAAUGCAAGGUCAAAGGCUAGCAAGGAUAAUGCAAAAUCUCGACGAACAAAUCAGAUAUCACCUUCUCGUAAAUCCAAGUCUAUGAAUACUAUUGAGAGUCAAGAUGAAACACAUAGGUUAGCGCAAAGAACAUCGGAACAAAGCAACACUCAGGGGCAAUCGAAAUAUUAUUCCAACAGCAUUAAACAUGAUGCGGCUACAAUUGUCAAUCAGGAGACAUCAAAUAUAGCGUUUAAAUGCUCAGCAGAGAAAUUCUUAAAAAUUUGCUUUGCAUCUAUAAUGUUUUUAAUUGCUCUAAGCUCUGGAUUUGUUUCAAGAAUAACGCUACAUAUCUUGAUAUGGCACAUGAAUCCACCAGUUCAAUCAAACAGGUCACAAAUUAAUGUUUUGUGUGGUAUGCUGGAACCAAAUUGUUCUUCAUGUUAUAAUGAAAACAAUUGCACAAAAUACAAUAAACAUUCUCAUUCUGAAGCAACGGACGGAAACUGGAUUUGGGCUGUGUUCUUAGUGAUGAUUGCACCAUAUUUUAUCACAUUUUUGGAAACCUUUUUCCGAAUAUGCUUUAAAUCUAAUAAAAAGAUAGACAUUGCAGUACUGAUUUCGAUUAUGUUCAUUGAAACAGUUCACUCAUUUGGAAUUUCAAUUCUUGUGUUUCUUGUAUUACCAUCGUUUGAUCCAGUAUCUGCUUCAGUAUUGUUUCUGGCAGUUGCAUUUCUACCACCACUAAUCAACUUAAUCGAUCAUGCUGUUUUACAGAAUCAAAGAACAAAACAAAAGCACACCAAAACUUUAUGGCAACCGUACAUUUUAUCUAUUAUAGGAGUUAUUUGUCAAUUGGCUGGAAUAAUUCUAAUAGCAUUUUACAUCGAAAUCGAUUGGCUGUAUUGUCUGUUUGUACUGGGAGCCGUGUGCGUUUCCAUUAAAUACUGGGAAAAUUUCAUAACAAAUGAUUGCGGAGAUACUUCAAACAAACACGACAAUUCUUCAACUUCUGCAGAACAUCUGUCUACCAAUGGCUCUGAUUCUCCUAAAGCGACGCGAUCGACAGACGUAGAGAAUCCAGUUUCUUCCGAACAAAACAAUAUCAAUGAAUCCUCAUUUUCUAAUGAACCCAGUAAUAUUGGAGCUGGAGGAGAUGGUGUCACAAGUGAAACAAAAGUAAAUGGACAUGAAUCGAGAGUAAAUACCAGUGCCUCUGAUUCUAAUCACGCGAAGGAUAGAGAAUUAAAAGGGUCUUCCGAACAAAGAAAGGUCAAGGAAUCCUCUGUUUCUAAGAAAUUUUAUUUUAGAGUUGUUUCUCCAAGUGAACUUAAACUAAGGUACCACCAAUCGAGAACGAAGAUAACUUGCUUGGUAAAUCUUUGGAAAAUCGUUUUUACUUUUGUUGCAGUAAUAGCAAUAUUUGCAAGUAGAUCUGGUAAUUCAAAUGAUACUUUUCAAGCACUUUUUAACAACGGUAACGCUAUGUUUAAUACAAUAUUUGGAGAAAAAGAGAUAAACGACAGUGGUCCUUGCAAUUCGUAUGUACCAUUCGUCUUAACUAUAGUAAACAUAGUUUGUUCAUAUGUUUACUACAAAGCAACGAAAACAUCGUGCGUAAUCUUUUGUCAACGGUUUGGGUUCUGUAUUCCUUUAUUAGCAUUGCCAUUGUUAUCCACUGGCAGUUUGAUUGGUUUGUUGCACAAACCAGAUCUUCUACAAUUUGAAUCAUGUGACAUUUUAUUCUCGGACUGGUGUGUUACAGGUGAGAAUACACUAGUAGGAGCGUGUAAGGAGCUUUUCAUUGCUUUCUUUGUUUUAUAUGGAUCUAUGUUGAUAAUAACAAGACAUGUGUGGAAAGUAAAUGGUUAUAGAAUGAGUGAAACAGCCAGGGUAUUUGUGUCACAUUUUUACUGUGGAGUUUUUCUUGAUACAUCAUUAUUACUCAACCGCCGAAGAGAUGAUGAAGAAUAUGACAUAGUCCUGGAGAAAAGCGACAAUGUUAAUGAUUAUCAGCACCGUAAGAUUUUAUAUGCAUGCUGUGCUACAAUGUGGCAUGAAACAGAAAAAGAAAUGGAUCAGCUUUUGCAGUCGAUAUUUAAGCUCGAUAAGAAACAGUUUCUAAACGAGAGAUUGAAAGAAUCAUUGAAGAGUGAUAAAAAAAACCAAGAAGAACAAAAAGAAAAAGAAGAAAUCGAAACAUUUGAUCUUGAAGCUCACUUGAUUUUUGACGAUGCUUUUGAUCCUAUUCUAUCUGGACAGAAAUUCCCAGAUAUCAACAGAUAUGUGAAAACCUUCAUCAAUGUGUUUUAUAAAGUUGGAAAGAAGAUCUAUGGCAAUCACUAUGUGGGACAAGGCGACGGAACGAUGCACACGACACCUUACGGAGGGCGGAUAUCAUGGUCCUUGCCUGGUGAAAAUACAUUAGUUCUUCAUCUAAAAGACAAAACUAAAAUAAGGAACAAGAAGCGAUGGAGUCAGGUGAUGUACAUGUUAAAAAUUUUAAAAUGGGAUUUAAAACGAAAAAGCGAAAAAAUGACCGAAAGAUCUAAGGAGGAUACAAAUAAGAUACUUCAGUCGCUGGCAGAAAAUUCCUAUAUUCUGGCAUUGGAUGGAGAUGUGGAUUUCGAACCUGAGGCUGUUUUGAGUUUAAUGAGAAGAAUGAACAAAUCAAGUAAAGUUGGGGCUGCAUGUGGACGAAUUCAUCCUCGUGGAUCGGGUCCUAUGGUGUGGUAUCAGAAGUUUGAAUAUGCUAUCAGUCAUUGGUUACACAAAGCAACUGAACAUGUUAUUGGAUGUGUUUUAUGUAGCCCUGGAUGUUUUAGUCUGUUUCGUGGUGCUGCUUUGUUACAUCCAUCCGUACUGCAAAAGUAUACAAAACAAUCUUCCGAGGCGAAACAUUUCAUUCAGUAUGAUCAAGGCGAAGAUAGAUGGUUGUGUACUUUGCUUCAAAGCAAGGAUGGAAAAUUGAAUAUUGUGCAGAGUCUGAUGCGUACACAUUUGCACCUGAAGGUUUUGUUGAAUUUUAUAAACAACGACGUCGAUGGACUCCGUCAACCUUAGCGAACAUAAUGGAUUUGAUAGUACACUGGAAAAAUGUAACAA